AUGUCGGGAAACAGCACAGAGUUCGAAUCUAUGGAGCUCCCCGUCGUUAACCGUCAGUGGGAAAUCAGUCAACCAGAGGAAAACUUUAUGGUCGUAUGCCACCCGUAUCCCUCGGGGUACCCGAACAUGGAGACUGGCCAGGACGCGCAGAAGCUGGCCUUAUGGCUCGCGUGUAUUCUUGGGGACCAUGACUACCUGCUUUCCUUGCGGUACAAACCGUCGUCGCCACUCGUUGUAUUCGGAGUUUCAGGGAGAUUCACGGAGCUCAGGAAACUUCUCGGAGCGCAUGAAUGGUCCUAUUUUUUGAAGUCCCCCGAGCCUGAUGAGGCAGGCAAAGUGAGCAAGAUCUUUCCUUGCAGGUAUAAGACGGCCGGCGAGAUUCAGAAGGCCGCCUGGAAAGAGUGCCGGAUCAAAGAGUCUUGGUUCUACCCUGAAGGUCUAGAGUGGCGACGGAUGAAAGCUAAAAUCAAAGAUCCCUACCCCGUGACCGGGAGGUGCGGCCUGCCAGGUGACAAUGUAAACAAGGACGGCUUGUGCCUUCCACUUCCAGCAGAUCUUUUCCCUCCCCCAAAAACUCCAAAGCUGGCGCCUGGCUCGAGUGGAUGGGUCCAAGAGAAGACUGGAGGUCCGUCCCUCCUGAGACAACCAAAGGUGUGUGGCGCGUGGUCUAAAGGAGCACCUGCGAUCAAGGCAGCCAAGAGUGAUGCGUGGCUAUCCUUGAAUGCAGCCCAAAGCAUUACUACCGUCGCCCCCGCGAUGACCCGCGGAGCCAAUAUAUCUUCUGGCAGCACUACGAGCAACGCUUCGGAGUUCCCAAUAACGCCCAGGCCGGUUUCUCUUGAAGUAGCGGAUCCCGAUGCACUAGAUCUUUCUCGCUUCUCGAUCUCGGAGGAUACCGGCGACAUCCCGGACGGACACAUCUUACCGCUUGCUGAUUCUGUGACCGCACCUACUACUCCUGUGGAUCCAACCGAAGACCUAUGGAGGGGACACGACUCUUGGCCAGCCGAAGACGCGAAAAGCACCCUGGAGCCUAAGCAAGGAAAAAAGAAGAUCGUUAUACAGGAUCAAGACGAGCUUGAAGACGGAUGGAGUCAAGUCAAGAAGGGCCGCAAGCAGCGCAGGGGCAAGAACUGGAACUGA